ACUUCACACAGCCGCCAGGCCCGCCACUGUUGCUUCCCUUACCAUUAAUAUAUUACAACAUGGCCCAAACUAAAAGCUCAAUUUGUAUUUUUUUUAUUUUUCAUUCUUAAAUAUACAAAAAUAUAUAUAUGUGACGUCAUUAACCACGUCACCUCUAAUCUUGUCUAUAUAAACAGCAUUUUGGCUGCAGAAUUUAUUACAUAUCACAAUCAUGGAUUCAUCUCCAAUUAAUGUUCCGAGAUGGACACCCAGCUCCAGUCCAUCUGCCAACCUUAUCAUCAAACCUGUGAUAAGCCAUGAUUACGGCUCCGAUAGCUUCGCUUCUUCAUACGCCGAUCAAGCUACGCCGCCGCCGGCCAACGAUUCGAAGCUGGGCUUUCCGUUCAGCGUCGGCCGGCAGCCCUCCGACGGUGGCUCAGUCCGCUCCGAGUCGUCGGAGAUGGGGAGGUACCGUGGUUCGUUGAAUAUUGAUAACGGAGAAGAGAAGGAUUUGGGAGGUGGGAUUUACUUGACGUGGAAGGAUUUGUGGGUGACGGUGCCGGAGAAGAAGAAGGAGGCGGCGGCGGCGGAGGGACGGCGGCCGAUUCUGGCGGGAGUUAGCGGCUACGUUGAGCCGGGUGAGGUUCUGGCUGUCAUGGGGCCUUCUGGUUGCGGAAAGUCCACUCUUCUUGAUGCACUGGCAGGGAGGCUAGAUUCCAACACAAGGCAAAAGGGAGAGAUUCUCAUCAAUGGCCGCAAGCAAGCACUAGCAUUUGGCACCUCUGCAUACGUGACUCAAGACGACACCUUAAUGACAACGUUGACCGUACGAGAAGCGGUCCACUACUCCGCCCUCCUCCAACUCCCAAACACAAUGUCCAACUCCGAAAAGAAAAAACGGGCCGAAGACACUAUCAAAGAGAUGGGCCUACAAGACGCGGUGGACACGAGAAUCGGAGGGUGGAGCGUGAAAGGGCUCAGCGGUGGACAAAAGAGGAGAGUGAGCAUUUGCAUCGAGAUAUUGACGAGGCCCAAACUUCUAUUUUUGGACGAGCCCACGAGCGGUUUGGACAGCGCUUCUUCUUACCAUGUCAUGAGCCGUAUUAUCAAAAUCGCGCGGCAGGAUAGACGGACGGUCGUUGUCUCGAUUCAUCAGCCGAGCGGGGAGGUUUUUGAUCUCUUCCAUAAUCUUUGCCUUUUGUCAUCUGGAAGAGUUGUUUACUUUGGUUCGACUUCGGCUGCAAAUUCGUUUUUUGCAUCAAAUGGCUUCCCUUGCCCAUCAAUGAGGAAUCCAUCAGACCACUAUCUCAGGACAAUUAACAAAGACUUUGAUGUUGAUAUCGAACAAGGACUCGACGGAACCAUAACUGCAACGGAAGCAGUCAAAAUACUUGCUGAUUCGUACAAGUCUUCAAACGCAUUCGACCACGUUCAAAAACGAGUACAAGAUAUAUGUCUAAAGAGUGGAGAAGCAUUGGAGAAGAAGGGAAGCCAUGCAGGGUUUAUUACUCAAUGCAUUGUUCUAACUCAAAGAUCGUUUGUGAACAUGUAUCGUGAUCUCGGCUACUAUUGGCUUCGUUUAGCGAUAUAUAUCGCACUUUGCUUGUGUGUCGGAACUAUAUAUUAUGACAUUGGCCAUAGCUAUGGAUCAAUUCAGGCUAGAGGCUCGAUGCUGUUUUUCGUUGCCGCUUUCUUGACAUUUAUGGCUAUUGGUGGCUUCCCUUCUUUCGUCGAGGACAUGAAGAUCUUCACACGAGAAAGACUGAACGGCCACUACGGCGUGGCCGCGUUCGUCGUGGGGAAUACAAUAUCUUCCAUCCCGUACUUAUUGCUUAUCUCACUACUACCGGGGGCAAUGGCCUAUUACUUAGUCGGCUUGCAAAAAAGCAUCGACCACUUCGUAUGCUUCUUGCUAGUUCUAUUCACGUGCAUGAUGCUGGUCGAGAGCCUAAUGAUGAUCGUCGCGAGCGUGGUCCCCGAUUUCCUCAUGGGGAUCAUAACGGGGGCCGGGAUCCAGGGGGUGAUGAUGCUCAACGGGGGUUUCUUCCGGUUGCCCGACGACCUCCCAAAGCCGUUCUGGAGGUACCCUAUGUACUAUAUCGCGUUCCACAAGUACGCGGACCAAGGGUUCUUCAAGAACGAGUUCGAAGGGCUUACGUUCCCGAACGAGCUGGCGGGAGGUGCGGCGACUAUUACGGGGGAGGAGAUCUUGAGGAAUGUUUGGCAAGUUGAGAUGGGGUACUCUAAGUGGAUUGAUGUUGCUAUUCUCUUUGGUAUGGUGGUUUUGUAUAGGUUUAUGUUUUUGGGUAUCAUAAAAGCUAAGGAAAAGUUUAGGCCUAUGAUUAGAGCUUUUCUUGCGGGUAAUGCGAAGGAUUAGGAGUGCAUAUAUACUAUAGUUUGAAUAAGUGCUUUUGAACAACUUAUUAAGGUUUAGUUUAAGUGGUUUUGAAAUUGCUACUAUAAUGGAGUUUGGUGAGAGGUCGGGGGUUCAAAUCUCUUUGAAUUCACGUCUUUUGUUUGUAAAAUGCCACAUUAAAAGGCAACUAUUUUGUAUUGUGUGUAUUUUUUUUAAAGAAUCUUGUUGCAUAUUGCUUUGUACUUACUUUUACUAAUUUAAUUUGUUUUACA